AGACAAUUAAAUAAGAGUGAAAAUAGUCAGACUGAAAACAAUAAUUUUCUUUUACCCAAAAAAAAAAAAAAAAAAAAAUUUCUAAAAAUAUGUGGGUGGUUUUCAGCAAUCGGGUGGGUGUGGCAAUAAAAUUCCCCUCGGUAAUGGUAAGUCAUCAGAUUCAUCACUUUUUUUUCUUCAGUCUUUGAAAAACCACCCCUCUUUUUUAUAUGCAACAAACAACACAACCAAAACAAAACAUGGCAACAUCAUGAACACAACUACACAAGACUCUGAUACCACCACAAGCACCACUGCCUCUGCAGCAGCCUCUUCUGAGGCUGCCCUUGAAGAGGCCCCACCACAACCACCGCCACCACCAGCUGCUGCUGCUGCUGCAUCAGCAAAAGCAGAGCCUCUCAUGUUCUCCAAGGAUCCAAAUGCCCUUGAAAGCGGUGGUGGGAUCAGCUUUCUCACUGGGAGCCGUAAUGCAAGGUUCAGCUAUGGAUUUUCCAGUUUCAAGGGUAAAAGGCCUUCGAUGGAGGAUUAUUUUGAGGCAAAUAUAUCUGACGUCGAUGGCCAGAUGGUUGCAUUUUUUGGUGUUUUUGAUGGUCAUGGAGGUUCAAGGACUGCAGAAUAUCUAAAAAAGAACCUUUUCAAAAAUUUGAGUAGCCACCCAAAUUUUAUCAAAGACACAAAGGCAGCUAUUGUUGAAGUAUUUAAACAGACAGAUGUUGAUUACCUUAAUGAGGAGAAGGGUUAUCAGAGAGAUGCUGGCUCAACUGCAUCAACCGCUUUGCUAUUAGGUGAUCGGCUUUUUGUUGCAAAUGUUGGUGAUUCAAGAGUAGUCGGCUGCAGAGCUGGUUCAGCUAUUCCCUUGUCCAUUGAUCAUAAACCUGAUAGAUCUGACGAACGCCAAAGAAUUGAAGAGGCUGGAGGUUUCAUUAUUUGGGCAGGAACAUGGCGGGUUGGAGGUGUUCUUGCCGUUUCCCGUGCAUUUGGAGACAAAGUACUGAAACCAUUUGUUGUUGCAGAGCCAGAAAUUCAGGAAGAAGAAAUUGAAGGAGUAGACUUUAUAAUUAUUGCAAGCGAUGGACUUUGGAAUGUCAUAUCAAAUAAGGAUGCUGUGGCUUUAGUGCAGGACAUAGCAGACGCAGAAGAAGCGUCUAGAAAACUCAUCCAAGAGGCUUUUGCACGCGGUAGCUCAGACAACAUAACUUGUGUUGUUGUCCAAUUUGGUAUUUCGGAGUAGACUCGUUAAUAUUCCAAGGUAAAUGUUGAGUUAAUGGUAUGUGUAUAUGUGUGUAGAUUUAUAUGGCAACACAUGCACAUGCAUGCAUGCGUACCACAUAUACACACACAUGGAAUUUCAUUACUAGUUGGUAAGCAUUUUGAUUUGCAGUUUCAGCUUACUUAUUAAAACGGCAUCCAAGCAAUGUGGAAAGACUAUUGAGGCAAUAGUUUCCUGAAAUUGUCUUUAACUAAUUAGUGUAUUGGGCUGACAGCUCAGUUUUCAAGUUGUAAGUCCUGAACUCCUGACUGUCACCACAACCCAUAGUGAAUUGUCAUUUGUUGCUUCAAUGUAGUUUUGAAUUUGAGUUCUUUUUGUUGUGAAAAUGAAAGCUUGGAUGCCUUUCAAAUGGCCACAUCCAAAAGAAGGAAAAA